CAGGAAGUUGCAGCUCGCAGCGCCACCGUUCCACUGUGGUCUGAUCAAUGCAGCUUUCAUUCUCCUUGGCCGGGCCAAGAUGGACGCCGUACAAAAGGAGCGCUGGUACUUCAUGGCACUUCUCCUGCUCCUUUCUCUUCAAGGUGGCGUCGGCGUCCAGAACAAGGAGACGGUCACCGUCCACCUCCAGGAAGGCAUGCUCCUCGACUGCUCCUGCCCCUGGGAUGGAAACCUCACCAUGGUGUCCUGGACCAAAGACCCGGACUCCAACUCCAUCGCCGUUUUCCACCCCGAGUACGGCGUGGCCACCACGUACCACUACCGCAACCGCAUCGAGUUCCUGAGGACCACGCCCAUGGACGGGAGUAUCACCUUGAGGAACGUCACCCACCAGGACAUCGGGGUUUAUCGCUGCUCUGUUCAGACCUUCCCACAAGGCACCUGGGCCAGGAUCAUCCAAGUGGAGGACUUAGACGAACCCCCCUCAGAAGAAGAAGAUGCCUCGGCGGCGCUGGUGGACGCAGACGCUCAUCUGACGGCGGAUCCCGGCAGCAACGUGACGGUGGGGUGCGGCCACGGCCACAACGGGACCGUGCUCCAAGCGGUGGUGGAGCACAUGGCGCCGGGCCGCCCGUGGGUGAUCAUCGGCAUAUGUAAGCGGGUGGAGGGCGGCACGCUCAGCGAGGACUACAGCGAGCGGGGUCAGAUCGGCUGCGAGGACGGCCUGGACGUCAGCCUGCACCUGAGCGCCGUGGCGCCGGAAGACGGCGGCUUGUACCGCUGCAGCUUCAGCACCGACGCCGGCCUGAGGACCAGCACCGUCAUGGUCACGGUGCCCCCCGCGGGGGGUUUCAGCCUGUCGCUUUACAUGAAGUUCGUUUACUUGGGGACGGCGAUCGCCGGGCUGGUUCUACUGACCGUCCUCCUCAUCGUCCUGAUCAGGACCAGGAAGAAGAGCAGGACAGAAGAGGUGAGGGACAAGCUCCACCCAUCUCACACCUCCCAGCCUCGCGUGUCGCCACAGAGAUGGCGGCGAUGGUGGGCGAGGGAGCUGACGUGCACACAAGUCUACUGAGACUACAACUCAAGGGCAGUCAUCAACUUGGCAGCCAUUUUUGUAGUUCUUUCCUCUUUUUCUCGCUCAUUUACUUAGAAGAAACACUUUUCCUGCGAGGUCACACGUUGCCUGAUAGAAAUAAAAGUUAGAGAGACGAUGACGUGGUGGAACAUUCAAGUUUAUUACCUCCAUCAUCGGGAAAAAAAAAAAAAAACAUAUUUACAGUCAAACAUCAUAAAAGUGCCAUCACACAACAGGAAAUAAAGUGACAUGUUUGUAUAUUUCUAUCAAGUCUUACACAAAUAAAAUAACAUUAGACGCUGGGAAGGCGUGUCAGCAGGUGUUGUACAGGCGGGGCAGAUUGUGUGUUGUGUACACAAAAAUAAUAUUAAAAUUAAUAUCAAAAAAUAAAAGGUCUCAGUGAGUCGGAAGGCACUUUUUACUGGAAUGAGAGUAAAAAAAUAUUGUAAACCGGGACCAACACUUCAUUAUUAUUCCUUAUUAUUUUUUAUUAAUUAUUUUCCAUUUAAAAUUUAUUAAAUAAUAAUAAUAAUAAUAAUUUUUCAAGGU